AUGACUAUCACUACUACUUUUUGUUCAACUCUUGCUGAAUAUCAACAGCUUGUUGAUAGCAUUGCUCUCGCGACCACUGGUGCUACUUCAGCCGCUGACCCGCUUGUAUGUGCCGGCGGAAAACUGUAUCCAAGCGUUUUCUCAGUCCAAGAUUCGAUUGACGGUGCUGGCGUUGAAACUUCCGGAUGCGAUGCUGACGCACAUAUACUCGCAAACAAGAUCGCUGGUGCGUCAGGUGAAUUCUCUGCUAACUAUUCAAAACUGUUGUCAUUAAUUUUUUCGAUUAGUGGCGAUAGUGGGCUUGCAGUCAGGCAUCUUACAAUGUGCUUCAGUCUUGUUCCUGCUGCUGCGGACAGACAUCUCGCAUAUAAGGUUGUUGCGCCUUUUUAUUGGAUUGAGCCAACUGGAGUCUUGCAAACACAUGAUGAAUGUUUCCCUGCUAUCAAGGCUGGCUUUGGACCUAUCACUAAACCCGGACACACAAUUGUCUUGCCAAUGUUUGAGGAUGUUUCCACUGUUGAUCUUGGUGGCGGUCUGGCUGGUGUGUCGUGUACAUGGCGGUCGGCACGUACUGCUGGUUUGCUCAUCCAUUUAAACGACCACAGGCUUGACAGUUUAGCCAAUUUCAUCUUGCGGCGUGCUGAUGUUGAGCGUUUUGUUUUUGUUGGAGGCGGAUCGCAAGGUGUAAUGGAGCGAAUGAAGGCUAAUUCCGAUCUUGCUUCAUAUCUAUGGGGCCGUGGUCAGAGUUGUCUCCCUGCUCCUGGCGAGCUACUUUACACCGGUGUGGCCCUGUCGAUGGUAGUAAAACUUGGUGUUUUCAACGACACGUUGUUUACAUACAACAACACUCACACCCCAAACGCAGCUGAAAUGCGUUCUGGUACUGUCGCUGUGUCGUGUACACGCGCUGUUCCUAUGUCUGCUGCUGCUGUUUCAUUAUUCAGCAAACACAUCAACCGUUCCCGCUCUGCUGCUGCGGCUGCAUUAUCUAAUGCCCGUUAUCGACCUGGAGGGAUGAACCCAGCUGAUUCUCUGUUUCGUUUGCUCUGAAAAAUCAUCCGACGCUUUUCCUCUAGCUGUCACCCAUCACUGUUUUUGGACUCCUUGUCUUUGUCAUAUCUCUUGUUUUGGUCAUCUAGCCGUACAGAUCAAGUCGUUAAAAUCCGACGCACAGACGUUGUUAAGAACUUGUCAGUGAAGUCGCU